GAAAUCUGGGCUAGCCGAUGAUGUCGUCUGCUAGCGGUGAGCUUAACGUCUGCAUACCGAGCAGUGCGCGAGAGAGCGGAUCAGCAGCCAUAUUGAAAAGUGGAAAAACGCUAAAUUGCGCAUUUUCGUAAUUAAAAUGGUUUGCUGUGCAAAAUCGUAUACACCUUUUACAUCCUGAGCGAGUGGAAAUAGUUCGGGAUAACUGUUCAGAUUCUUGUGUGAAUCAUGGAUUAUAACGACCACCCUGACCGCAGUCGCACCUCGCUGGGCGGGACGAAGACAUCACAACGUGUACGACGUUUCCAGGAGCACUGGAAGGAGCAGUAUCCGUGGGUCUACUACGACGACCAGCUGGGUAAGAUGUUCUGCAGGACGUGCAGGGAUCACGCCGACGUCUGCGACCCGGCGUCUGCCUACUACUCCGGCGGCUGCUCCAACUUCCAGCUGAUGUCUCUGGCCAGUCACGCCAAGAGCAAAGGUCACAUGACGGCCGAGGAGGUGGUCAGGAUGCAGGAAUACCCACAUGGCGUCGUCCUUGACUGGGAGGACAAAUCGGUCAUGACUUCUCCUUCUUCUGCUUCUUCGUCUUUAGCAACGCAAGCAUCAUCUUCGGGUAUCUCCGCCCAAUUGUUUCGGAGAUCGUCGGAAGUUUGUUCUUCGGGACGAGACCAGGAACGUGGGAGAUGUGGAGAAUCUGAUGUUGGCACAGAGUCUGUGGUUAGCUCGUUUAACAUAGGGUCCAGCGAGGAUAGGAUAAGGCUUCUUAGAAUGGCUGCCGAGGAGGCAUGGAGGUCUGUGGGCCCAGGGAGCUAUAACGUCCCUUUCAGUCUGGAUUUCACACAAGCCUACGACCAGGACGUCAGAUCUCAGUCCACGGGCAUUACGAAGCGUAGCCCGGCUCCUGUCAUUCACCAGGCUUUCAACACGCAGAUGAGAAUUAAAACCGCACCAAAAGUCGAGUCCGUGAGUCCACAGAGUAGUAAUAUUCCUGUUGGAUACCCACACACCGUGCAGUCGCCGUUUUCCAGUUCUGUACCACAGAGGCUAAACAAUCUGUGCCUGAAUGCCCACGCGGUGGCUAAGAAAGGGCUGACGUAUCAAGACUACAAGUGGAUGUUUGAGUUAGACAAGGCUAAAGGAUGCGAUGUCGGAGAAACGUUGUCUAUCAAGGAAUAUCAUAAUCUACAGAGAUGUAUAUCUGAGACGGUACAGAUGGAGAUAGUGGAAGCAGCAAGACGAUCGAAAUUCUUGUCUGUGUUCUGUGACAGGGUUUCGUGUGUGUCUAGUUACAUGGUAGUUAUUUACCUGAAAACUGUCAAUUCUGGGAAAACAUUUAUCCACGUUCUUAACGUCCAUUCACUUAAUGACGAACUAGAACCCGAACAUUUUACAAAAACACUGUCGUGUGCUUUCAAACGGGAGCUGAAGGAUGUGAGUUUUGACUGGAAAGAUCAUCUGGUUGGAUUUUCAUGCAGCAAUUCUACACAGCUGAUAAAACCGGAGAGAGAGGUAGAAUGCGAUAAAGUCAAGUUGGAGUCGGGUCUCCCUUGUGGAGAUGAUAAUGGGGAAGUUUCUAGAGAGGACAGUUCUAUAAGGGAUAGUUCUGGAGGGGAUUCUUCUAGAUGGGACAGUUCUAGUGGUGGUGCCUCUAGAGUGGACGAUGACUUGGCCACGUUUCUGAGGACCAAUAAUCCACAAAUCACAUCCCUCCAUUGCUCUGCCCAGAUGAUGAACUCUGCGUGUCGGGAUCUCAAACUGGACUAUCACAAACACUUCGAGAAGCUGAUCACCAGUUUCUGUGGCAUAUCUCAUCUUCAUCUCACGUGUAGGCCUACCUCAUCAUCCGGGAGCACACAGGAUCGACAAGCCGAGAUCCUGGCGUGUAGGAGACCAUCGCAAAUAGAGGACAGUGAAUGGAUCAGCUGCACACUUGACAACGCUCUCUUCGUGAUAAGAAAUUUCUCCAUCAUCGCCGACUGUUUCAAAGAGGUUGUGGGUGACGAGAGAGAACUCCACGGAGCACGGUCUCGACAGUGUCUUCAGCUGAUGCUGACUCAGCGCUUUGUGAAAUACGUCCACUUCCUGGUCGACAUGCUCGAAGUGCUGAGCCACGUGUGUCACGUGAUCACCCAGCCGACGGCGUCGAUUGGUGAAGUUUACGAAGCAAUUUGUGACGCAGCAGAUAAUUUGAUGAAACUCAAAAAGAGAUCCGGUCAACAGCUGGCUAAGGUUGAAAAGGAACAGAUCUUCUGUGGGCAUGCGCUGACUGUGGAUGAGCCGUGGGAGUUUGAACGAGACAAGUCGGCCAUCUUGACAGAGAUCACCACGUAUAUGACGUCACGCGUUCCGGACCUUGACGAAAGCACGAUGACGUCAAUGACGAAGCUGGUCUGUCUGUCGCAGUGGCCGUCUGACACGGAACACCUUAAAGAUUAUGGUGAAGAAGAUCUGCUGAGGAUCAUUGACCGGUUCGCGCCGACCUUCCAGAAACAUGACGUCAUCACAGACAAGUGCCUGAUGGAGUGGUCGUUACUGAAGAAUCACAUUAGAAGAAGGUUCGCCUGUCCGAGCGAUGCAUCAUGGGAAACUGUUUAUCCGGCAUGCAAAUCUAAAUGUGAGAAUGUUCUAGCAGUGUUGUCGUUCAUUCUUACACUUCCAGGUCAGUCUGUAGACCGUGAGCUAGUGUAUUCCUACGUGGACAAACUUCCGGCUAAAUACAAAAAAAAACUUUGCGCAGACGAAAUGAAGCACAUCUUGCGAAUAUUUCUCCACACACCGGAUGUCGGUGAAUUCGAUGCGUGCGCAUCUGUUACGCUCUACUGUGAUGGGCGCCAGUCAGUGGAAGAUUCGCCAAUCAAAAAGAAACUAAAGCUUGAGAAAAUUGACCAAUGGACGAGCGAAGACGAUCAGGGCCGUUCCUAGUUUAAAAUGGGUGGGUGGGUGGUGGCAGUAAAAACAAAUCAUGGCACAGUCAAAACAAAGUGCCACGUAUUAAGCUCAAAAGGGCACGUUUUCUAAUUUUAUAUUCUACUUUUAAAGGAGCAGACUCUAGUUUCAGCUAGUUACAAUAAACACUAAGUUUAUAUAUAUAUAUUACGUCACAAGAAGGAAUUCAUGCAACGUCACAUAUUACUUGACGUCACGUACUACCUUUGGUUAUGGAAUGAUGUAAUGAACAGGUAGCAACGGCUGUCUAUCUUCUAAACGACAAGUUCAUUUAACCAAUGAAAAGAGCGGAUUACUGUCUAGGGGACGUGUACUAGACUGUUUUGUUUUUUUCUAGCACGGCUUUCUGGCAUCGUUCUACUGGUUGAUUGAACUACAAACAAGAGCGUGUGACGUUGAAACCGGGAAAUAUAUUUUGUUUUAAAUAGACUAGAACUCGACUCCAUAACCGUUACUUCUCAGACGCAUGUUAUUUUGUUUUAAAUAUGAAAAAAAGGCUUUUGUGGUAUUGGAAACAUCAGGAUGACCAGAAACACUUCGUUUGUACUGGAAUGUAUAAUCAAAACAAUACAAUAUAAAUAAUGUUUGAUUUUAUUAACCAUAAACGGCUCUAAAACAAA